UUUGAGUGUGUGGAAUCAGGUCCAAUGGGAGCAGAAGAAUUAGCUUUCCGGUUUGCUGUGAACACAAUCAACAGAAACAGAACUCUUCUGCCAAACACCACUUUAACAUAUGACACCCAAAAGAUAAACCUCUAUGAUAGUUUUGAAGCAUCCAAGAAAGCCUGUGAUCAGCUGUCCCUUGGGGUGGCUGCCAUCUUUGGACCAUCACACAGCUCCUCAGCUAAUGCGGUGCAGUCCAUCUGCAACGCGCUGGGCGUUCCACAUAUCCAGACUCGCUGGAAACAUCAAGUGUCUGACAACAAGGACUCCUUCUAUGUCAGCCUCUAUCCAGAUUUUUCUUCACUCAGCCGUGCCAUUCUUGACCUUGUGCAGUUCUUCAAGUGGAAAACAGUCACUGUUGUUUAUGAUGACAGCACUGGCCUUAUUCGAUUACAAGAGCUCAUCAAGGCUCCAUCACGGUACAACCUGAGAUUAAAAAUUCGUCAGCUCCCAGCUGACACAAAAGAUGCAAAGCCAUUGCUAAAGGAGAUGAAAAGAGGCAAGGAGUUCCAUGUAAUUUUUGACUGCAGCCACGAAAUGGCAGCAGGCAUCCUGAAACAGGCUUUGGCUAUGGGAAUGAUGACAGAAUACUAUCACUACAUCUUUACCACACUGGACUUAUUUGCCUUAGAUGUGGAACCCUAUCGGUAUAGUGGUGUUAAUAUGACUGGAUUCCGAAUUCUAAAUACGGAAAAUACUCAGGUGUCAUCCAUCAUUGAAAAGUGGUCUAUGGAGCGACUACAGGCACCUCCUAAACCUGAUUCAGGUUUGCUGGAUGGAUUUAUGACGACGGAUGCAGCUCUAAUGUAUGAUGCAGUUCAUGUGGUGUCAGUGGCUGUCCAGCAGUUCCCACAGAUGACUGUCAGCUCACUACAGUGUAAUCGGCACAAGCCCUGGCGCUUUGGGACCCGCUUUAUGAGUCUUAUUAAGGAGGCCCAUUGGGAAGGCCUAACAGGCAGGAUAACUUUCAACAAAACUAAUGGCUUAAGGACAGAUUUUGAUUUAGACGUCAUUAGCCUCAAAGAAGAAGGUCUGGAAAAGAUUGGAACUUGGGAUCCAGCCAGUGGCCUUAACAUGACAGAGAAUCAGAAAGGAAAACCAGCAAACAUCACAGAUUCCCUGUCCAAUCGCUCAUUAAUUGUUACCACCAUCUUGGUAAGCAAUUUAUUUUAA